CGGCGCGGAGCCUCCAACUACCUUCAGUUGUUUCAGAACCACCGUAUGGUUCGAAUGUCGUUCCGUUACGUGGCGUGUUUUUUUCCCCGUCGAUAGAUACAUACGUAUAUCCUUAUACGUGAGAUAGUCAGUGUUGUUUGAGUGAGUGCGCGCGCGAUUGUGUGAGUGCGCGCGCGUACCGUAGGCGCUCCGAAGAGGACCCGAGGCGAAGAGGAACGAACGAGCGUUACUAUCGUGAAAUCGUAUACGAGUAAGAGUUAUAUGUAUACACGAGAUCGAUCGAUCUACCGAUGUGAAUAAACGUUUUAUUCUUACAUCGUCAUAGUCGUCUCAUACAUAGACUCGUAUACACCAUUGCAAUUUUCUUCUUCAUCUUCUCCGAAUUUGUGAGAGAUCGAGAUUCGAUCGUGGGCUCUUUACGAUCAUUAAAAUUUUCUUAAGACGUUACGUUCAACGAUCGAGCUUCUUUUUCGAGACCGUUUACGAGGGAUAGUUGGAGUGAGAGAGAGAGAGAUAGAUAGAGAGAGAUAGAUAGAGAGAGAUAGAGAGAGAGAGAGAGAGAACUUGAGUGAGAGAGAGAGAGAGAUAGAAAGAGACAUUUACAAGUGCUCGUCUCGACCGGUGCGAACGUACACGCACCCGCCGCCUCUCCAACGAUUUCGAUCGACAACGUGAAGUCAGCAACGAGUGUUCCGGCGUAUCGCCGACAAAGAAGUGUGUGUCGCCAUGACUAAUUCGAUCGGCUAAGGUGUAGUGAUCGAGGCGUUUACCUCCGAUUUUGAGGUAUUGGGAAACUCGCGAAGGAAAAGCACUACAAAAUGGGUGAAAUUCUUGGUUCGGCGAGUUUCCUCCAUCUCGGCGAUAUCGUCAGUCUCUACGCCGAGGGAAGUGUUUCAGGUUUUCUUUCCACAUUGGGAUUGGUAGACGACAGAUGCGUCGUGUGUCCCGAAGCUGGAGAUUUGACGAAUCCACCAAAAAAGUUCAGAGAUUGCCUCUUCAAGAUAUGUCCUAUGAAUCGUUAUUCCGCCCAAAAGCAAUUUUGGAAGGCGGCAAAGCAAAGUGGCAGUUCCGGUACAGACGCUGGAUUAUUGAAAAGACUUCACCAUGCCGCAGAAAUCGAAAAAAAGCAAAAUGAAACCGAGAAUAAAAAAUUGUUGGGCUCCAUCGUCUCCUAUGGCAACGUCGUUCAGCUUUUGCAUUUGAAGUCAAAUAAGUUUUUGACCGUUAACAAGAGAUUACCGGCGCUUCUUGAGAAGAACGCAAUGAGGGUAUAUCUAGAUGCAAAUGGGAACGAAGGUUCUUGGCUUUAUAUAAUGCCAUUUUAUAAAUUGCGAAGUGACGGCGACAGCGUUGUCGUUGGCGAUAAGGUGAUAUUAGAACCGGUGAAUGCUGGAAGACAAGGACUUCAUGUAGCAGCCAAUUACGAGCUGAGCGAUAAUCCUGGAUGUAAAGAAGUGAAUGUCGUUAAUUCGUCAACAUCCUGGAAAGUGACACUCUUUAUGGAGCAUAGAGAGAAUCAAGAAGAGAUACUUAAGGGUGGCGACGUCGUUAGACUCUUUCAUGCCGAGCAGGAAAAAUUUUUAACGAUGGACGAAUACAAAAAGAAACAACACGUUUUCCUUAGAACAACAGGAAGGACUAGUGCGACUGCUGCUACUAGUAGUAAAGCAUUAUGGGAAGUGGAAGUUGUGCAACAUGAUCCUUGCAGAGGUGGAGCAGGACAUUGGAAUUCUCUUUUCAGAUUCAAGCAUUUAGCAACGGGUCAAUAUCUUGCUGCUGAGAUUGAUACGGACGAGCCUUAUGAGACCAAUAAUAGCAAGCGUGAUUCUGCUGUUCAAGUUUAUAGAUUGGUCUCAGUACCACACAGCAACGAGAUUAGUUCUUUAUUCGAAUUAGAUCCAACCACAUUAACGAGGGGUGAUAGUUUAGUACCUCAAUCUUCCUUCGUUAGAUUACACCAUAUAUGUACAAAUACGUGGGUUCACUCGACGAGUGUACCGAUUGACAAGGAUGAUGAAAAGCCAGUAAUGUCCAAGGUGGGUUGUGCUUUAAACAAAGAAGACAAAGAGGCUUUUGCAUUGAGAUCUGUAUCACCUGUAGAGGUACGAGAUUUAGAUUUUGCAAACGAUGCCUGUAAAGUUUUAGCAUCCAUAAACUGUAAAUUGGAAAAGGGUACGAUUUCUCACAAUGAACGGAGGGCCGUAACUAGUUUAUUGCAAGAUAUAGUUUAUUUUAUUGCGGGACUAGAAAAUGAGCAAAAUAAAUCCGAGGCGUUGGAGUUGAUCGUAACGAAUGCAGUUAGAGAUCGGCAAAAGUUACUCCGAGAACAAUAUAUUCUGGGUCAAUUAUUUAAGAUACUUCAGGCACCGUUUUUAGAGUCGGCCGAAGGUGAGGGACCAUUUCUUAGAAUAGAGGAACUUAACGAUCCAAGACAUGCACCGUACAAAUACAUGUUUCGAUUGUGUUAUCGUAUACUUAGAUUGUCGCAACAGGAUUAUAGAAAGAAUCAGGAAUAUAUUGCCAAACAUUUUGCUUUCAUGCAAAAACAAAUUGGAUACGAUAUUUUGGCGGAGGACACGAUCACAGCUCUUUUACACAAUAAUCGGAAAUUAUUAGAAAAGCAUAUUACAGCUGCCGAAAUCGAGACGUUCGUAGGUCUUGUGAGAAAAAAUAUGCACAAUUGGGAAUCUAGAUUUUUAGAUUAUUUAUCGGAUUUAUGUAUUUCCAAUAAGAAAGCAAUUGCCGUAACACAGGAAUUGAUAUGUAAAAGUGUACUCAGCGAAAAAAAUAAGGAUAUUCUCCUAGAGACCAGGAUGAUGAAGGUUAAAACUGAAAUGAAAAUGAUUGAUCAAAAGCAAGACAAUGACGAGCCUCAAAUAAUCGUUAAAGAGAAAGAUGAAGUAUAUCUUUUCUGGAACAAUGCAACGAAAUCAAAAUCUUUAUGUGAGUUAGCAAAGAACGCUAAGCUGGAUAAUUUACUAGGACCAGCAAUUUUGGAUUAUUACAGACAUCAAUUGAACUUGUUUAGCAAUAUGUGUCUUAACAGGCAAUAUUUAGCACUUAACAAUUUGUCCCCGCACUUGGAUAUAGAUCUCAUACUUAAAUGUAUGGAAGAUGCAACUGUACCAUAUGAAUUACGUGCUUCGUUUAGUCGACUUAUGUUACAUCUUCAUGUGGAUAGAGAUCCACAAGAACAAGUGACACCAGUAAAGUAUGCCCGUCUUUGGUCCGAAAUUCCAUUAAAAAUGAGCAUUAAUGAUUACGAUACAAAUAAAAUGCCCGACGAAAAUAAAGAAGCCGUUCGCGUAAAAUUUAGUUCGACAAUAAAAUUCGUGGAAGAUUAUCUCUGCAAUGUUGUUGCAAAGAUGUGGUCUUUUGCAGAUCAAGAACAAAAUAAGCUUACGUUUGAGGUGGUUAAAUUAGCACGUGAUUUAAUUUAUUUUGGAUUCUAUAGCUUUAACGAUCUGUUAAGAUUAACUAAAACGUUAUUAAGUAUCUUGGAUUGUGUCUCUGAAAAUGAUUUCAUUGAUGGGAAAAUACCAACCGGAGAAAUCGACUCUGAGUCUAUGGAUUCUGAAGAGGCAGCCGAAGGAGGAGUUCUCCGAUGUAUUGGAGAUAUGGGUGCUGUGAUGACAAGUUUAACUUUAGGACCAGCUGGACAAGUAUUGGCUGGAAGUUCAUCUCCGAGGCCGAAAACUACUUCAAAAAAAGAAUAUCCCUUGGUGAUGGACACCAAAUUAAAAAUAAUUGAAAUACUUCAGUUUAUUCUCGACGUUCGAUUGGAUUAUAGAAUUUCAUGUUUAUUAAGCAUUUUCAAACAAGAAUUCGAUGAAACUGAAAAAGCUUCGGGUCAAGACUUAAGUCAACUUUGUCAGAAAACUAUCGAUUUGGAAUCCAUUGGAACACAAGCCGAAGGAAUCUUUGGAAGCAGUGAAGAAUGUGUGGCAUUGGAUCUAGAUGGUUUAGGUGGCAGAACAUUUUUACGCGUUUUACUUCAUCUAGCAAUGCACGAUUAUCCACCUUUAGUAUCCGGAGCUUUGCAUUUAUUAUUUAGACACUUUAGUCAAAGGCAAGAAGUAUUGCAAGCUUUUAAACAGGUACAAUUAUUAGUCUCGGAUAGCGAUGUUGAAUCGUACAAGCAAAUUAAAGCAGAUUUAGAUGUUUUACGACAAUCGGUUGAGAAAUCUGAGCUUUGGGUGUACAAGUCAAAAGCUACGGAAGAACAUGGAAAUAAAAAGAAGAAGAGCAAAGAGGACGAAGAAGAUUCUUCGACGCCUCGUAAAGCACCGCCACAGUUGUCUACGUCGGAUAAAAAAGGAUCUGCAAUUGAUUUAGAUAUUGGUCCACCAUUAAGUGUGGAUCAAGCCGAGGAAUAUAAAAAAAUUCAACAAAUAUUAAUACGAAUGAAUAAGCUGUGUAUCCAAACGAUACCGGGUGGACAAAUAAAGCCACGUAAACACGAACAAAGACUUUUGCGUAAUGUUGGUGUGCAUACCGUUGUAUUAGAUUUAUUGCAAGUCCCUUUUGAUGAUACAGAAGAUGUUAGAAUGAAUGAACUGAUGCGUUUGGCACAUGAUUUCUUGCAAAACUUUUGUCUGGGUAAUCAACAGAAUCAGGUUCUGUUACACAAACAAUUAGAUCUAUUUUUAAAUCCUGGUAUACGAGAGGCUCAAACAGUAUGUAGCAUUUUUCAAGACAAUUCUACUCUUUGCAAUGAAGUGAGUGUUAAAGUGAUUCAGCACUUUGUCCAUUGCAUAGAAACACAUGGGAAACAUGUGCAAUAUUUAAGAUUCCUUCAAACUAUCGUGAAAGCAGAAAAUCAGUUUAUAAGAAAAUGUCAGGAAAUGGUGAUGCAAGAGCUUGUUCAAGCGGGAGAGGACGUUCUGGUUUUUUAUAACGACAGAGCUUCAUUUAAUCAAUUCGUGGAAAUGAUGCGAUCGGAAAGACACAGAAUGGAUGAAAGUAGUCCACUUAAAUAUCACGUUGAAUUGGUGAAGUUAUUAGCUUGUUGUACCAUGGGUAAAAAUGUUAAUACCGAGAUCAAAUGUCAUAGUCUUUUACCGCUCGAUGAUAUCGUUGCUAUGGUAUCACAUCCAGAUUGUAUACCAGAGGUGAAGGAAGCUUACAUCAAUUUCCUUAACCAUUGUUACAUAGAUACUGAAGUAGAGAUGAAAGAAAUUUAUAAUUCCAAUCAUAUGUGGUCCUUAUUCGAAAAGUCGUUUAUUGUAGAUAUGACAUUGAUAGCAACACCUAAAAAUGAUCAACAAGAUGCAGAUAUUGCUUUAGAAAAUUAUGUAACAAGCUGUUUAAUGAAUAUCAUUACUACGUUCUUCAGCAGUCCAUUUUCCGAUCAGAGUACGACGGUCCAGAAACAACUGCACGAGGCUAGACUUUAUUGGAGCAUCAAGGAAUGUGACCGGAAUAUUGACAAUAAUCUUGCAACUUAUACCCGACAGCCUAUAUUUGUCCAGUUACUUCAUGCAGCAUUUAAAGUAUCACAAUGUAUAUGGUUGAAUGCAGGGCAAAGAUUUAAUGUAGAAAAUUGUAUAAGAACUUUAUCCGACGUUGCUAAGGGAAGAGGUAUUGCCAUCCCUACUGAUCUAGAAAAUCAAGUUGCAUCUAUGUUUAAUAAAGCAGCGAUGCUUAGUAGACAAACAAGUAAAUGGCUUCAAGCUGCUAAACAACCGAAAAUAGAGCGUACUCAGAGUCAGGUGAUGCGUCUGGAUCGUAGUAUUAUAGAAGGUUUACAAGACAUAGUAUGUUUAUUAGAAGAACAACUUAAACCAUUGGUACAAUCAGAAUUAUCCUUGUUGGUUGAUAUCCUCUAUCGACCGGAACUUUUAUUUCCAGCAGCGACUGAAGCUAGAAAACGAUGUGGAAAUGGUGGAUUUAUUAGGAGAUUGAUCAAGCAUACCGAAAAAUUACUUGAAGAAAAAGAAGAAAAAUUGUGUGUAAAGGUAUUAAAAACUCUUCGAGAAAUGAUGGCGAUUGAUCCCGAAUACGGGGAAAAAAAUGAAGAUAUUUUGGAACAUGCAGAUUCAGAAAAGAAGACCGAAUCUCAACUUGGAACAGAUUCCAAUGAUCAAUGUGAUCGUCAUAUGACUCAGGAAGAGCGGGGUGAUGCAUUAAGGCAUAAUCUACUGACACGUUACUUCGGAAAAACUUUUAUUCAGAAACCUGAAAAUGUUGAAAUUGGGGUAUCCUGUACAAUGGCUGUAACUCAUGGACCAGGAGCCAAGAUGUUGAGUCGUGCAGGACGGACUUUGCACGAAGUUCAAAGUCAUUUGGAUAAAGAAGGUGCUUCAGAUUUGGUUGUAGAACUGGUUAUUAAAAGUGUACACUCUCCUAGUAUAUUCGUAGAAGUUGUAGAAUUAGGAAUAGCACUUUUGGAAGGUGGCAAUCCGAUUAUACAAAAAAGUGUAUUCAAUAAAUUGAUGGGAGGUGAUUUAAGUCAAUCGUUUUUCAAGGUUUUUUACGAUAAAAUGAAAGAUGCGCAACAAGAAAUUAAGUCCACCGUGACGGUGAAUACAUCCGAUAUAACAGCAAAAACUAAUGAAGAUAAGGAACCAAAUAAGGAAAUAGAAAAAAUAUCAAGAAAACGUGCAACAGGUAAGCCUAAUGGAAUCGUUUGUACCGAUGAUUUACGAGAUGAUUUAAAUACAACUACGGCGACUAAUGCUCAAGCAUACGGGAACACCCGUAAUCUUAUACCUGGAGAAGACGUAACAAAUAAUGCAGUGGAGGAAAUAAUUGGUGACAAAUUAGAAAGAAUACGUGCUGAACCUUCGGCUGGCGUUGAAAAAGAUGACACUCAGCUUAGCGUAAAAGUAUUAGUAAUGCAACCAAUUUUACGUUUUUUACAAUUGUUGUGUGAAAAUCAUAAUCAUAAUCUUCAGAAUUUUCUUCGCAAUCAAAACAAUAAAACCAAUUUUAAUUUGGUAUCGGAAACGCUAAUGUUUCUUGAUUGUAUUUGUGGAUCGACAACCGGUGGAUUAGGUUUACUUGGAUUAUAUAUUAAUGAAAAUAAUGUUGCAUUAAUUAAUCAAACUUUGGAGACAUUGACGGAAUAUUGUCAAGGACCUUGUCAUGAUAAUCAGAAUUGCAUCGCCAUACACGAAUCUAAUGGUUUGGAUAUUAUAACGGCUUUGAUAUUGAACGAUAUUAAUCCUUUGGGUAAAACUAGAAUGGAUUUGGUAUUGGAACUGAAAAAUAAUGCUAGUAAAUUGUUAUUGGCUAUUAUGGAAAGUAGAGGCGACAGCGAGAACGCUGAAAGAAUAUUAUACAACAUGAAUCCAAAGCAAUUAGUGGAUGUGGCUUGUAGAGCAUUUCAUCAAGAAUCAUUGGAUGAUGUAACUGAUAUUGAUGAUUCAUCAACUAAUGGAGAGGAAGGGGUAUCUCCUAAAGAGGUCGGUCAUAAUAUUUAUAUCUUAUGUCAUCAAUUGGCUCAACAUAAUAAAGAGUUAGCAACUAUGUUAAGACCAUCAGAAGAAAAUAAUGCCGAUCCGAAAAUCAAUAAAGCAUUGCAAUAUUAUGCAUCGCAUACAGCUCAAAUUGAGAUUGUCAGGCAUGAUAGAACAUUAGAACAAAUAGUUUUUCCGAUACCAGAAAUAUGCGAGCUUAUUACCGUUGAUACGAAGAUUAAAGUGUUACAUACCACUGAACGCGAUGAUCAAGGAUCUAAAGUAUCAGAUUUCUUUGAAAGAACAGAGGAUAUGUUUAAUGAAAUGAAGUGGCAGAAGAAACUUAGAGGACAGCCAGUAUUAUUUUGGAUGAGCAGUUACAUGUCAUUGUGGAGUAAUAUUUUGUUUAAUUGUGCUGUCCUUAUAAACCUCAUUGUAGCAUUCUUCUAUCCAUUUGUAGAUUCCGUACCAAAACUUGGUUCUCAUUUAUCAGCUCUUAUUUGGGCUGUAAUGCUAUCAUCCGCAGCUAUUGUCAUUACAUUACCACGGGAAUCGGGUAUACGUACAUUAGUUGCAUCAACAAUUUUACGAUUAAUAUUUUCUAUAGGACCAGAACCAACUUUGUGGUUACUUGGAUUUGUUACGAUCGUUUUAAAGAUUAUUCACCUAAUAAGUAUUAUAGGAAAUCAGGGGACCCUAACUAAAAGUUUAGAACAAAUAAUUACAAAUGGUGAAAUAUUAUACCACGCGUCAUACUUAAUAUUUUGUGUACUAGGACUUUUGAUGCAUCCAUUUUUCUAUUCGGUUUUGCUUUUUGAUGUGGUUUAUCGAGAAGAAACAUUGCUCAAUGUAAUAAGAUCUGUAACGAGAAACGGAAGAUCUAUUAUACUCACUGCUGUAUUGGCUUUGAUUUUAGUUUAUAUGUUUUCUAUUAUCGGAUUUAUGUUCUUUAAAGAUGAUUUUCUGGUCAGCGUGGACGAAGAAAUUAUUCCAACACUUGAUGAUGAAACUACCAAUACUUGUAAAAUUAGUAAUAGUGAAAAGUGUGAACCAAGUGAAACAAUGUCGCGAUAUAUACGUGAAGUUAACGAACAAGGAAAUAAUCAAGAUUUGGUUAACAUUGGGGGUGAAAUAAAAGAACGGGCUUGUGAUUCAUUAGUUAUGUGCAUCGUUACAACAUUAAAUCAAGGUUUAAGAAAUGGCGGAGGAAUAGGUGAUGUUUUAAGAGCACCAUCAAGCACAGUAAUAUCAUUUUGUGAACCACUAUUUGUUGCUAGAGUCGUAUACGACUUACUGUUCUUCUUCAUAGUGAUAAUUAUUGUUUUGAAUCUCAUAUUUGGUGUUAUUAUCGAUACGUUUGCUGAUCUUAGAUCAGAGAAACAACAAAAAGAAUUGAUUUUAAAGAAUACUUGUUUUAUUUGUGGUUUAAAUAGGUCAGCUUUUGAUAAUAAAACUGUAUCUUUCGAAGAACAUGUAAAACAUGAACACAAUAUGUGGCAUUACCUUUAUUUCAUCGUUUUAGUAAAGGUAAAAGAUCCAACAGAAUUUACAGGUCCGGAGUCGUACGUUUAUGCAAUGGUGAAGGAUAGAAAUCUUGAUUGGUUUCCACGAUUAAGAGCAAAAUCUUUAGCGGCUGACGAGGGUGAGGGAGAACAAGUAGAAUUGAGAAGUUUACAGUCACAAUUAGAAUCUACUCAGCAAUUGGUAAAAUGUCUUUCACAGCAACUUACAGAAUUGCGUGAUCAGAUGACGGAACAAAGAAAGCAAAAACAACGUCUCGGUCUUUUAAAUUCUGCAUCUCCGCUUUUACAUAAUAUAUAAACGCGGAUUUGAAAAAUGCUACGGAUGUAAAAGAAAUAUAUAUAUAUAUAUAUAUAUUUAAAAAUUUUAAAUAAAUAUUUUAAAUUUAUACAGAUAUCUGUAUACACAUUAUCUGUAUAAAUUUAAAACUAAGUUGUUAUGUCCUUAGCCGUAGCUGCAUUUUACCUUGAUAUUCUAAAAGGAUACAUGUCCAUAUGUUUCUGGCAAAAUUUAAGGACAUUAAAAAUCGAUAGGUAGGCAUCUCGGAAUAUGCGUACGGUUUUGUUCCUAAUUUUGAAGAAAAUGAUCUAUAUAAUGAAAUGAUAUGACAUGGAGAUAUUAGGUAUGAUGCGGACUUCAGUUUUUUUUUUUUUUAUUAUUUAUCAUGCCAUCUCAACUUAUUAUAAUUUAUAUUAUCUUGAAGAUCUUAUAUUCUGAUACUGAAUCAUUCAUUUACAUUACUUGAAAUAUCUAAACAAUUAUUAUUAUUUUUUUUUUUUUCAUGAAUACGAAUAGUGAAAAUAAUUUAAAAUAGCUAUUCAUACAUGCGACUUAAGAAGGGAUAUCGUGAAAAGUAUAAACAAAGGAUUCUAAUUUAAAGAUUUAUUAUAUUGAUUUAGUAGGAGUGCAAGUAGUAUAUAAGUAACUCGAUUGACUUAAAUGCAGCAUUUUAAUAGUGGUUUAAACAAAUUUUUAUCAUUUACGUCAGAUCUGUCUAUUCAAUUAUAGCAUUAAAUUGAAUGUGAUUUAUUGUUAUUGCAUUUAGAAAACGAAUAUAUUAUAUAUGAGAAUCUAGUAUUUAGCAUCUCGUAAGAAAUGAAACUUUCUUUUUUGCAAGUGAUCGCUACGAUUUGUUUUUACUUUUAUUCUUUGACACAUCACACAGUCAUACUAUUAUAGCAUAAUACAUUCUUCUUUUUUAAUUAGAUCUUGAAAGUCUAUUUCAUUGAUAAUAAAAUUCAGCGAUCACCUACGAAACAGACACGUUUUUCUUUCGAUAGUUUGUGUAUAAAGUUAUAUUUAUAUUUCUAAGCAAAGAAAUAUGAGAUGUAUUUCAGAAUGAUAUGAAAGUACAUUUUUAUUAGCGCACAAUUUGUUAUGCUUUUCAUUUUAAAUCGAAUAUUGUAGAUUUAAAAAAAAUUCAAAUCUAAACAAUUGUUAUCUAUGUUACACAUAUAUACUAUUGUGUUUCUUAAUUGUUGAUAUUUGAUGAAUAUGUUGCUUUAUUGGGAAUGUUGACUAUUUUUUACAUCAUUUUAUCCUUUAAUGUAGAGAUGUAUACAAGAGAACUGAAUGACAUGUAUAAUUUUAAGAAUAUUAACAUAUACUAAUAUAAUAAAUUGCACCUGAUAGUAAUAUAUUCUAGAAUGUAUAUAUACAUAUGGAACAAAGUUGAAAAUGAAUAUCAUUUGGAAUAUUGCUUUUACAGUCAUUGAUGUCAAUGUUAUAUUAUUGGUAUCAUGUACUUUAUGCUAUAUACGUGUCGGAUCUGAUAUCUAUUAUAGAUCAUAUUGUAGAUUUUAAUUAAAGAAAUUAGUGUAUCACUGGUUAAUAGCAGGUUUUUAAAAAAUUAAUAGAUAUAUAUAUAUAUUAUAUAUAUAUAUGAAAGAUGAAUACAAUUCAUUGGAUUUAGCAACUUUUCUUAAUUUAUUUAUCACAGUGCAAUUAUAAAUAUAAAAUAAUAAUUCAUAGGGAUCAAAUAAAUAUGGAAUAAGAAAUAUAAAAUGGUUAUAUAUAUACAUAUAUAUAUAUAUAUAUCGUAGUUUUGUGUGUUCAAAAUUAUAUUAUAUGGAACUGUUCAUAAUAUCGAAAACAAUUUAUUAUAUAAUUAUGUUUUAUUUUUUAGAUAUUCGUCAAUUUUAAUGUUUAAAUAAAAUACUUUGAUACUUUUGUUGUUACUAAAGCAUUCUAAAUAAGCAAUCUAUUAGAUUUUUUUUUCUUAAAAUUAUUAUUAUUAUUAGUUAAAAUCUUUCUACAUAAAGUACACAUCUUUCAUAUUCUUCGAGUUACACGAUGAACUUUCUAUGUUUCAAAGAUGUAAUUUUUAUAUGAUGUAUAUAGUUACAUUGUUAUAUACAUAUAUAUACAUAUAUAUAUAUAUGUGUUACAAAUUAAUUUUAUUAAUCCUAUGUUUUUUUUAUUAAACGAAUCUUUAAGUCAAUUUUAUAUUAUAUGUAUGCGAAGUUUGUAAAUUAAUAUUAUAGAAUAUUGUAUGAUAAUAGAUGGUAAUGAGAUGUAUUACUUUCAAGUGUGCAUUUUUUUAUCUUAUUAUAAAUAGAAUAUAUAUAUAUAUUAUAUAUAUUAUAUAUUAUAUAUAUAUAUAUUAUAUAUAUAUAUAUAAAGUUGUAUUAGUAUUUCAAUGUGAAUAAAUUUUAUUCUUUUUUAUCAACUGCCAUUUAUAUAUGACAGACGAAACAAAAGAUCUAUUUAUAAAGGAACAAGGAGAUAGGAAAGAAAAGAGCGAAUAUUUUAGUUUACUUUAUUUAUACUUUAUAUGAAACAAUUGACUAUUUAUUGUGACUUAUAUAUACGUAACUAUUACAUGUAACAUGUAUUUUUCCUAUAAGUAAGACGUAUCUUGUGCAAAAUCGGUAAUUUCACUUAAAGUGAAAAAAUUUAAAAAUCCUUUCAAUCUAAAUCGUUUCACACUUCUUUUUGUUUUUUUUUCUUUUCAUUUUUUUUCCUUUUAAUUAAGGUGAAUACUCUUGAAAUUUCUUUCUAAAAAGAGGCGACGAAUAAAUGUGAAAUAGUUGCCGUUGUUUUCGGAGGAAGCACAUAACCGAUUUAACACACCAAAUCACUCAAGUUGCAUUUCUAAACUCUCGAUGACUCAUUAGAAUAAUUAAAACCUGUGCUUCUUUAAUGUCAUACAAGUCAUCCGUUUAAUACGCAGUCGGUGCUCGUUAUACGCAGACUUUCGUCACAAUUUUUUUUCUCUUUAUUCUUUUUAACGAGAUUGAAGAUUUUACUCCGUAUCGUUUCUUUUUUUUUUUCUUAUUCUUUUCAAUUUUUUUUUGUCUUUUUAUUUUACAACACUCGAAAAAAUUCAUUCGCAAUUACUAAUUGGGACAUAAACGUAUGUAUAUAUUAAAUGGGGUACAUCGAAAACUAGUCAGUCUUCAUGAAGUUUUUACAACGAAAUCUUACGUUAAAAAAUAAAUUCGGUAUGCGUUAUAGAUAGCAAAAAUUUCUGCAAAAAGAUAUGGAAGGAUGGAAGUUACUAUAUUCUUUAUAGGCCGCGUAGAUAAGAAAGGUAUUCUAAAAAAGUGUACAAUCAUCAAAAUUUAAUCUCAGUGCUAUGAAAUUAAUGAGCAUUCCUAUUAAUGUAAAUCUUAUAGAUAUUACGGUAAUGAGAUCGAUGGGUUACUUGAAAUUAUUUCGUUUUAUUUUCCUAACGCGUUUUAGACGGAUAGCGUAAGAUGAUUUUAUAAUCUUUUUUCUUCUUCUCUUCUUUUGUCUUUUUUCUCUUAUCUUUUUCCUUGUAGCCGCGUAUUAAACUGUUAAUAUUGUAUUUGAAUAUCGUUAAAUACUCUUUUUCUUUUCUUCUGUUAUAAGCUUUAACAUAUGUUCUUGCUAAUGACGUAUUUAAGUAGCACUUUGUGUAAGAAAUCUUUUUUUCUGUCAAUGACCCAUUGUCAAAGAAUAACGAAGACAUAAAAGAUUCAUUGAAUUAUAUAACAAUUAUAAAUGCAUAAUUGCAACAAGAACGUUUUGUUGCUAUCGAUAUGAUCGCUCAUACUAAGAUUUCUAUACUAGAAACGAAUUUUGCGUAGGAAGAUGUGAUAAUCAUGUGUCGAUUAGCACAACAUAUAUGUAACAAUAAAUUCGAAGGUGCCUCGGGUAUAAAGCUCGUUCGUUAAAAUA